CCCCCGAGGGGUGCCCGCCACCUGCGGACACGCUGGGCCCGGAAUGUGGGCUGAGAAUGGGGGUGGGCCAUUCUCCUGUUGCCUGGUGACCACAGACACAUCUGGGUGUUGCGGGAGCAAGGCUGCAGGGCGUGGAAGGGCCCAGCCUAUGGGGGACCGCCAGCAAAACUCGCUCUACAGCCACCGCACGCCGGAGGCCGAGGACGGGCCAGAACGGGCGCAGGAUGGCGGCACCCUGGGCCUCCAGGGCACCGUGUAUGAGAGCCGAGGGUCUAGGGACCCCAAACACCAGGACCUGGGUGACGGGGACCUGGGAUUGGAAGACCAAGAAGAGGAGACGCUCCCUGAGGUGGUGACGGGGGAAGAAUCUGUGGACACCCAGAACCCAGAAGAGGCCCUCUUGGAGCUGGAGAGAGUUCUGGAGAAAGACGCGGAGGACGGUGUGCCUGAGAUGAGAGGACCCCGGGCACCCCCGUGGGGCGGGAGAGAAGGAAGAGGAGGCGGUUGUUUCAACUGGCGAAGCCCAAGACCAACUGGCAAGUCUGGAAAGACAGGACGGGGUGCUGCUGCAGGGGCUACGCCUGGAUCUCCCCCAACACGAGGGACCUGCAGUUCUGUGUCUAUUGGCCAUCGGUGUACUGGACGGAGAGGUUUCUUGAGGACACCACCCUCGCCGUCACAGUGCCUGAGGUGUCCCGCCGGGUGGAGGAGCUGGCCCGACCUAAGAGGUUCUGCUCGGCGCAUCACAGCCGCAACAGGUGGCCGGGAGGGGACGACCCGGAAGAGGGUUGCCUGCCGCGUCUUUGAGGACAGGGGACUCUGCUGGGGAUGCUCUAGGAACCCCUCUUGGAGAUAUUUUGGAAACCGUGCACGGCGCUGGGCUGUCCCUGAGCCCCAGAGUCAGAGAGGAGUCACACACACAGGCACACGGCCCCCGGGGGGCUGGGCUCAGGCCCGGCUCUCCCUCAGGACCACCCCCACGUGGCCCGUUCCCCGGUCCACCCUGGAGUACCGAGCGUCCCGCCGCCUGCGAGACCUGGCCACCCCGAAGGUCCGGGAUAACAUCUGGAGCAUACACAUGUCUGAGGUGUCCCACGUGUCCAGGGCAGCGCAGGUGGCCACCCCCAGUCCGAGGAUCAUCCGACUGGCAAAGCCCAGGGCUCCAGCCACCCUGCUGGAAGAGUGGGACCCCAUGCCGAAACCCAAGCCACACGUGUCAGACUAUAACCGCCUCCUUCAGCUGGCUACAAAGGAAAUACCCGGUUCCCCCACAAGAAAAGUAAUAAUGCACUAGUAGCAGAGAAUUUGGAAAACGCAGAAAAGCAUGAAGAAGGGGUCUUACCACCCAAAGGUCCUCCGACGCUUCGGAAAAUACGCUGUGUGUCCCCGGCCCUGGCACGAGGUUGCCGGAGAGCUCCAUGGGCCGUUUCUGUUCACUCUGCUGUGUCAUUUUCUCUGUCUCCUAUUUCCCUUUUUUUUUUUUUUGUGGGGAGUGUUGAUUUGCAGCAGCUCUUUACAUAAGGUGAUCACGAACCCUUUGUCAAGCACCGUGCAAGACAACUUCUUCAAAGUUUUUUUUUCUUUCGAGCUUGCUUAUGGGGUCUUUUGUUGGUUCCCUUAAUAUUUGUUGAAGUAUUUGCUGAAUUUGUUAAAGAUGGAUUAAAUGAACAGAAACAACCACACACGCACUUCUGUCACACCAGCCUGUGUCACACACAUAUGCGUGAACACACACGUCUGGAGCAUAAGCGCGUGUGCAUUUGUACACAUGCAUGCAUGUGUAUUCAUCCAGGCUUCAGGAGUGUGUGUCAGUGCACAUCUAUGUGUGUAUGGGUGAGACUGGUGUAGGGCUGUGUUUUUCUUUUUUUUUGAGAAUAAUUUUCCCUCAGACUUUUUUUUUAAAUUUAUUUUAAUUGUGGCGGCAUUGGGUCUUUAUUGCGGCUCGUGGGCUCUCUCGUUGAGGUGCAUGGGCUCAGGAGUUGCGGCACUCAGGCCUGGUUGCCCAGUGGCAUGUGGGAUCUCAGUUCCCAGGGAUCGGACCUCUGUCCCCUGCGUUGCAGGAUGGAUUCUUUGCCGCCGGAUGACCAGGGAAGUCCCAGGGCUGUGUUUCUACCA